GGCUAUCGUGAUUUUUUUUCCCCUUUGAGCCCAGGCUCUGCUCUCUGGGGGGGGUGGGGGGCGCGCCAAGCCGGGGAGCCGUGCCAGCCGAGUCGUGCGGGCUGUGGCAGGGAAGGGGCCACCAUGGGAUGUACUCUGAGCGCAGAGGAGCGAGCCGCUCUCGAGCGGAGCAAGGCGAUUGAGAAAAACCUCAAAGAGGAUGGCAUCAGCGCCGCCAAAGAUGUGAAAUUACUCCUGCUGGGGGCUGGAGAAUCAGGAAAAAGCACCAUUGUGAAGCAGAUGAAGAUCAUCCAUGAAGAUGGCUUCUCUGGAGAAGACGUGAAACAGUAUAAGCCUGUUGUCUACAGCAACACCAUCCAGUCCCUGGCAGCCAUCGUCCGGGCCAUGGACACUUUGGGCAUCGAAUAUGGUGACAAGGAGAGAAAGGCCGAUGCCAAGAUGGUGUGCGACGUGGUAAGUCGGAUGGAAGACACGGAGCCCUUCUCCCCGGAGCUGCUGUCCGCCAUGAUGCGGCUCUGGGGCGACUCCGGGAUCCAGGAGUGCUUCAACAGAUCCCGGGAGUAUCAGCUCAACGACUCUGCCAAAUACUACCUGGACAGCCUGGAUCGGAUCGGGGCAGCCGACUACCAGCCCACCGAGCAAGACAUCCUCCGAACCAGGGUCAAAACCACCGGCAUCGUAGAAACCCACUUCACGUUCAAGAACCUCCACUUCAGGCUGUUCGACGUCGGGGGCCAACGAUCUGAACGCAAAAAGUGGAUCCACUGCUUCGAGGACGUCACGGCCAUCAUCUUCUGCGUCGCGCUCAGCGGCUAUGACCAGGUGCUCCACGAAGACGAGACCACGAACCGCAUGCACGAAUCCCUGAAGCUCUUCGACAGUAUCUGCAACAACAAGUGGUUCACAGACACGUCCAUCAUCCUCUUUCUUAACAAGAAGGACAUCUUUGAAGAAAAGAUCAAGAAGUCCCCACUAACCAUCUGCUUUCCUGAGUACACAGGCCCCAGUGCCUUCACAGAAGCCGUGGCUUAUAUCCAGGCCCAGUACGAGAGCAAGAACAAGUCAGCCCACAAGGAGAUCUACACCCACGUCACCUGUGCCACCGACACCAACAACAUCCAGUUUGUCUUUGACGCCGUGACGGACGUCAUCAUCGCCAAAAACCUUCGGGGCUGUGGCCUCUACUGAGCCUUGGCCUCGCCGCCCAGCCGCCCACCGCCCUCCCCAGCCUGCUGCCCCUCGCCCCCCGGCCCUGGAACCAGAGCUCCACCACUUCCUGGACCACUUUCUGCACUUGACAAAGAAGCACCAGCGUCCGGCACUGAGAGGGGAGGAGGAAGCACCCUCACGGCUGCCCCAGCCCCAGACAUCAGAACACGUGGUAACGGGGCUGGCGGGGAGCCAAGUGCCCGCGCCACGCCUAGUCGGGCGGCUCAUGUCUGCGCGCCGUUCACUGACCUCUGCUUCAUCUCUGAGUGUUUUCCCCACCGGGGAGAGGGGUGUAGGGCCCAAGGCCGCCAUUGAGCCCAGAACGGGCUUGCCCAACACUUAGUGACUUGUACUCAGAGUCCCAGGGUCUUCUCCUGUCUUUUGAGAUUGUGCAGGUGGU